UAUGUUCAAAAAUUGCAUUCUUAAUAACUGUACCUUUAUUUCAGAAAUGACCAUGAGGAAGUAGACACACAGAUGAAAAAGUGAUGAAGCAAACCAUUUGUCACAAAGUAAGAUGCAGCCGUGGCUUUUCAACCAGAUUAGGGCAAAAUUGUAUCUAUUUUUCCCAGAAGAGAACUCCACAAGGUUAAGUCAGCAAACAAAGGAAACAUGGUAUUUUGAAGUAUGAUUCAACUCCUAAUGCUGCAGCAGAGGCUAAGAAUAUUAAUGGCCAGAUCUAGCAUCCUUUCAUCUCCUUAUCCUCUGACCCUGAGCUGUGCACCAUCUGGACUGCUGAGCGCUCCUGGCAGAAUACCACAGGCUGGCUCUGCAGCCUCCGUCGACUCAUCUCAGCCUGCUCACUCACCCUGCUGUCUUUUCCUGGGUAGUGCCUUGGUGCCUAGUGCGCAUGCUCCUCAAGUCCCUCAUACUGCAAGCUUUGCCUUCUGUGUACGAAGGACAUGUUAGACGUGCUCACAUGGUCUUCUGAAGAAGCCAUGGGUAGCUGCUGUAGCUGUCCAGAUAAAGACACUGUCCCAGAUAACCAUCGGAACAAGUUUAAGGUUAUUAAUGUGGAUGAUGAUGGGAAUGAGUUAGGCUCUGGCAUAAUGGAACUUACCGACACAGAACUGAUCUUAUAUACUCGCAAACGGGACUCAGUCAAAUGGCACUACCUCUGCCUGCGACGCUAUGGCUACGACUCCAAUCUUUUUUCUUUUGAAAGUGGUCGAAGGUGUCAAACUGGACAAGGAAUCUUUGCCUUUAAGUGUGCCCGUGCAGAAGAGUUGUUUAACAUGUUGCAAGAGAUUAUGCAAAAUAAUAGUAUAAAUGUGGUGGAAGAACCAGUUGUAGAAAGAAAUAAUCAUCAGACAGAGUUGGAAGUCCCCAGAACACCUCGAACACCUACAACGCCAGGAUUUGCCACUCAGAACUUACCGAACGGCUAUCCCCGGUACCCCUCGUUUGGAGAUGCUUCCUCCCAUCCUUCGAGCAGACAUCCUUCCGUGGGAAGUGCUCGCCUGCCCUCGGUGGGGGAAGAGUCCACACAUCCUCUGCUUGUGGCUGAGGAGCAAGUACACACCUAUGUCAACACUACGGGUGUGCAAGAAGAGCGGAAAAACCGCACCAGUGUGCAUGUCCCAUUGGAGGCAAGAGUUUCCAAUGCUGAAAGCAACACACCAAAAGAAGAGCCAAGUGGUAUUGAUGACAGGGACCCUCAGAUUCUUCUGGAACCUGAAGGAGUGAAGUUUGUUUUAGGACCAACACCUGUUCAGAAGCAGUUAAUGGAAAAAGAGAAACUGGAGCAACUUGGAAGAGAUCAAGUUAGUGGAAGUGGUGCGAAUACCACAGAAUGGGACACUGGCUAUGACAGUGAUGAACGGAGAGAUGCACCCUCUGCUAACAAACUGGUGUACGAAAAUAUAAAUGGGCUGUCCAUCCCUAGUGCCUCAGGGGUCAGGAGAGGUCGUCUAACAUCCACAAGUACCUCAGAUACCCAGAAUAUCAACAACUCAGCUCAGAGAAGAACUGCAUUAUUGAACUAUGAAAAUUUACCAUCUUUGCCUCCUGUUUGGGAAGCGCGCAAGCUAAGUAGGGAUGAAGAUGACUGUUUAGGACCAAAGACCCCAUCUCUAAAUGGCUACCAUAAUAAUCUCGAUCCAAUGCAUAACUAUGUAAAUACGGAGAAUGUAACUGUGCCGGCAAGUGCUCACAAAAUAGAGUAUUCUAGGCGUCGGGACUGCACGCCAACAGUCUUUAACUUUGAUCUCAGACGCCCAAGUCUAGAACACCGGCAGCUCAAUUACAUACAGGUUGACUUGGAAGGUGGCAGUGACUCGGACAACCCUCAGACUCCAAAAACACCCACCACCCCCCUGCCUCAAACCCCUACCAGGCGCACAGAGCUGUAUGCUGUCAUAGACAUUGAGAGAACUGCUGCUAUGUCAAAUUUGCAGAAAGCACUGCCCCGAGACGAUGGUACGUCUAGAAAAACCAGACAUAACAGUACUGAUCUGCCCAUGUGAGCCUGCAGAGCAUUAUGUUGUUUGCACCUUGGUGAAGUUUUUAAAAAUGAAGAUGCAAGUGCUUCAUUUUUGCUUCUAAACACUAACUCCUUUUAUAGACUGAUACAGAUUUUUUUUCUGAAAUUUUCAUGUACAUCUUUAAAGGGAAUUAAUGUAGAGCAGGUACUCCUUAAAGAACACUUAAUGUCAUUAUUAACUACUCAUUGUACAGCAGCAUUCCCAUUUUCACAGUGCCUAUAUAAAAUGAGAGUUGAGGUGAAUGA